CAAACUUUACAACCAUUCAACAUGAGCAUGCGUACCAGGAUGCCAAGAAGGAGUAUGACGACGUGAAGGCAAAGCUGGAGAGAUUGGAGGAGCUGAGCAUCAAGACCGAACUUAGCGUCGCGGAAAAGAAAGAGUUGGAUAGGUUGGAGGUCGAGCUUAAGACGAGACGAGACGCGACAAGUGAGAAGCGCAAAUGCGGGAGCUUGGCCAUAACGAUAAUACCCGAAUCCGAGUUGAGGAAGGAAACGUAA